AUGGUUAUCGAAUCGAACUUCCAUUCAACUUCUCGGAAGACGGAUCUGCAACAGCCCGCUUUGAUCUCGAGCCCUGAGACUGACACCGCAGACCUGCAGAAAUUCACAGCGUCAGUACCACUCUCGUCUGAGCAACACGAUUGCUUGAGAUCACUCUCUUUUCCGGAGCAAGAACAUCGGUUCCAUGAUAUUCAUACCGCCGUAGGUACCUGUGAAUGGCUUUUUGAACAUACAGGCUACCAAGUCUGGAUGGAAGGAGAUUUGGGACUCUUUUGGAUCAAGGGAGACCCUGGAGCAGGCAAGUCUGUGCUAAUGAAGCAUUGCGUUAACAGAAUGCGUGAGCGCAGUCCAGACAACCUUGUUGUUUCUUUCUUCUUCCAUGGCCAAGGGAAGCCCUUGCAGAGGUCAUUAUUGGGGUUAUUCCGCGCGCUGUUAAGCUCAAUGCUCGAACACUUCCCAGAACAUCUGGCUCAGCUAGCUGCGAAGUGUACAGAGAAAGAGAAACGUUACGGCAGAGACGCAUGGGAAUGGACUGAGAACGAACUCAAAGAAGCCUUGUACAAUUUACUAUCAGAGGCUACUCACCAUCAACGUCUUAUCAUCUUUAUCGACGCACUUGACGAAUGCGGGGAAGAUCCCGCAAAGAGUUUGUUAGCAUAUUUCAAAGGUCUUACCUACCAGGCAAAAAGGAAGCAUGCGAAAUUCAGAGUAUGUCUGUCCUCAAGACACUACCCGAUCCUUGCGCUUGAUACCAUACCCUCGGUACAAGUGGAGAAGACGAAUUGUCAGGAUAUACGAUGGUAUGUCUGGGAGCGAUUGAAAGACAUCACGCCAGUGGCAAAGCGUGAGCAGAUCCAAGCUGAGAUUCUAUCCAAAUCCAAUGGUGGAUUCCAAUGGGUGUUUCUUGUGACUAAAGGAAUAAAUGACAAAACUUUAACUGGCACUAAAGAAGAGAAGCUUCUCGAAGAAAUCGCCAACUGCCCGGAAACACUGAGCGAAAUGUACGAAACGAUUCUCAGCGGGGUUCCAGCAGCGAAACAGCAUCAAACGGCAAAGAUCUUCCAAUGGGUACUCUUCGCAGAAAGACCUUUGUCUGCCCAAGAGCUUCGGAAUGCGCUUGCUGCCGAUAAAGACAUGAGUUAUAGGACGGUCCGCGACCUCCGAACCCAUGAAGGUUGGUCCGACACUGUGGUCGAUUUCGAGAGAUACGUGAAGUACAUCUCUAGAGGUCUUAUCUGCUUCCAAAGCCGCGAAUUAUGGGAGCAAUAUGAAAUCAACGCACCAGACUCAGACCGAGAGACUCAACUUAUUCAUCAAUCAGUGGCGGAUUUCCUAACAGAGAAGUCUUGUCUUCGGUACAUGAUUUUGGAAGAUAUACUGGAAGAUGCUACUCUUCCAAAAGGUACCAUCUCCUCGAAGUACCUGUUAGCGCCAUACGCCGUACGGUUCUUGUUUACGCACAUCAAGAAAGUUGAACAGGAAGGAAUUCCUCAAUAUGACUUACUUUCUGCAAUGCAAUGGAAGUCGAACUCUGAGGCUAUGCGCAAGCUUGCCACCCUAUGGAGAACUCGCGACCCGAAUAGCGUACACAUGCCUCUCGGGUGGCCAUUUAUCCAAGCGACAGCUUUACAUGUCUCAGUGGCCUUUGGGUCCAUAAGUGCGGUCAAUAUGAUACUAGAGUCGGGUUUCAAGGGGUUUGAAAAAAGAGACGCUGACGGAAAUACACCACUGAUGCUCGCCACGAGAGAUGGCCACCAGGAUAUGGCUUUGACGUUGCUAGAUCGAAUAGUCGACUGCGAAAGCCAUCGUGAACAUCAUGAUCCUGAUGAAGAGUGUGGGGUCACGCCUCUCUCAGUGGCACUCGAUACAGUCAUCAACACGCAGAACAACGGCGAUGAAACAGCACUCGAUUUUGCUCUGGAGCACAACAUGGGUGGGGUUGUCCUCAAACUCAUCGAAGCAGGCGUCAAUCUCAAAUACUUAGGGAGAGAGGCCGCAUUGUUGGCUCAUGCUAUCAGCAACAGAAACACGAAUCUUCUCUCGACACUGAUUGAAAAGAAACUGAAUCUUGAUGGUGCCGUCUUCUUCGCACUCAAAGACCAGCUGCCUCGGCGUGACCUUGUUUUGGAAGGCAUGAUCUUUCAGUUACUCAGCGCCGGGGCCAACACAGCUAGAUCUUUAGAAUUAAACGCUGUGUCUGAAAUCGAAGACUACGAAGAAGGCAUUGACGAUGAAGAAAAUGGCGAAUAUGAUACCGAUGCACUUGCAUUGGCUUCUAGGAGAGGUCUUACUAACGUGGUCGAGAUGCUUUUGCAACAUGGUGCACCGGCAGCCUUACAGAAUGCUCUUGGGGAAUGUCCUCUAUUGAUCGCAGUAUUAUACCGUCACAAAGAGGUUAUCAAAAAGUUGCUCUCGAGAGCGCCAUCAUCAGUAGAAAUACAAGACCAAUAUGGCGAUACAGCCUGGAGCCUAGUUGUCAGACUGUGA